AUAAAAUGAGGAAAAAGCAGUGUUCUUCAAUAUUAUCCCUCUACGACAAAGAGAUCAUACUCUGCCUCGAGCCGAUCUACCGUGAUCCGGAAAAAGGUGAUGGAUUUUCCGAGCUGCUCCCGCUAGGAAGGAUCGACGAAUUGAAAAUUCAAUCUGAAAAUGCGCAGGAAUUCUCGAAGCAACUGUAUCACGAUCUGAAAAACAGUAUAUUGUCAAACGCUGAUGAUGAGCGGCUUUACAAAGAUAUUAUGACAUAUCUGCAAACUUAUCUUCCAAAAUGCACGGUGCAUAAGCUUCUUAACUGUUCGAACAGAGAAGUGAAAUUGAGCGAUUUUCACUACAUUCUCGAUCACUUCGAAGGUUUCCUACGCUUCAUUGAACCAAAAGUGGUUCUGGCUUAUCUGGACUCGUACCCUCAAUACAUCGACGCCGUUGCAGUUCUGAGAAAAGAAAUAGAGCGCAACGAAGAAGACAAUCAAGACUCGGAUUUCAUAAAGAAGCUAAUUCUUCGAACUGUGCCUCUGCUCGGAGAGCAAGCGGUAUACGAUAUAAUGUAUACAAUUUCGGAGAAAAGUUCAAAUAACCUCGAUGUCGAGGCGAAGCAAUUUAUCGCCAAAGUUUUGCGAUUGAAAAACGAUGGAUUCCUCAGGUUUUACCAAAUCAUCAAUGCAAGUAGAAGACAGUUGAAUGGAAGAAUAUACAUUUGUCCAGUACAUGAAUCCGCUACGGAAAUGAUGGUCUAUUUAGGAACUGCGGCUUUGAAUACUAACCGAUACAGAAUGAUCAAUAUUCGUGUCGACAACAUUGUACAAGAAAAUUCAACUCCUCGUCUUGUAAUUGAAUCUGUUCGUCAACGAAUUCAUCGGCAAAGACAGUUAUGCCUUCGAAAUUACCAAGAGGAACUCUGCCAGGUGGCUCUUCAAGGCAAAAAUACAAUUGUUACUGCUCCAACUGGCUCUGGAAAAACUGUAAUCGCUGCGAAUAUUAUCAAAGAACAUUUUGAGUCGAGGUCAAGUGAAGGAAAACGAUUUAAGGCUCUCUUCAUGACACCGAACUCGAUGAUUCUGAAUCAACAGGCGGCUAGCAUUUCAUCAUAUUUGGAUCAUGUUUAUCAUACUCAGAUCAUUCAAGGAUCCGAUAAUGUUCCAACGAGAAAUGUUAUUCAAUCCAAAGAUCUCAUUGUUGCAACACCUCAGAUGAUUGUAAAUCUCUGCAAUGAGCAUCGAAACUCACUCGACGAUGAGUCUAGAUUGGAUCAGUUUUUCCUCUCGACGUUUACCAUUAUUUUCUUCGAUGAGUGUCACAAUACAGUCAAGAAUUCUCCAUAUUCAAAUAUUAUGAGAGAAUACCACUACCUAAAGAAUAUGGGAAACAUGCCAGAAGGACACAGUCUUCCACAAAUCAUUGGUCUGACAGCAUCCCUUGGAACUGGCGAUAAAAAUGAUUGUCUACAAGUCAGGAAUUAUAUUGCUGGUCUCUGUGCAAGUAUGGACGUCAAGGACUUGAGCAUUGUUAAGGAUAAUUUGGAAGAAUUAAGAGGUUAUUCGCCGAUUGUCCCAGACAAGGUCUUACUUUGCGAAAGAAGUACUGAUGGCCCGAUUGGAAUGUUCACGAAUAGGCUUACACUUAUGAUGCAAGAAGUUGAAGGCCUAAUCAGAACCGCACUACGAAAUGAGCAUAUCGGGAUUGAGCAAAGACGACAGAUUGAAACGACUGAACGAGAUUUCCGUCCGGAUAGUAGUUUUCUCGACCCGCCAGCUGAUAAAGAGCAUGCUGGUUAUCAGAACUGGGUUUGUAAUCAAAUGAAUCUGGUCUCAGGGACGAGUUUCCGAGAAACCGGGACAAGGACUAUAAUUAAUGAGGCAUUGGAUGUGUUAAAAGAAUGUUUCUGUACUUUGUCAUACAACAUUAAUUUCCAUCCCGAAGUUGCAUUGAAUUACUUGAAAGAUGAGAUGGAAUAUCGGACACCAAAUUUCACUGUCAACAUGAUUAGAAUAUGGGAACGUUAUCACAACCAAUUGGUCGGAACUGGUUCAGCGGAAAAUCCCAUGAUUUCUAAAACAGUGCAGUAUAUUGUUGAACAAAAUUUGCAAAGAGCCGAUUCUCGAACAAUCAUUUUUGUGCGAACUAGAUACGAGGCAACGAUUCUCAAUAAAGUUUUGAAUUCGAACGAAGAAUUGCUGAUGCUUGGAAUCAAAUCUGAAUGGAUGUCUGGAUUGAACAAGUCGACUGCGAGCAGCGCCGAUAUCUCAGCAUCGAAACAAAAACAAAUGGAAAAGUUGAAAAUGUUUGCUGAUGGAGAAAUUCGAAUUCUCGUAUCAACUUCUGUUGCUGAAGAAGGAUUGGAUGUUCCUGAAUGUAGUCUUGUCAUCAAGUAUAACUAUGCAACAAAUGAAAUUGCUCACGUUCAACGAAGAGGUCGUGGAAGAGCUCUCAACUCAGAAUGUGUGCUCAUCACGAAUAGCAUAGCACUUCGAGACCAGGAAAGUAACAAUCGGGAUAAAGAAAGUCUAAUGUCUGAGACAAUCUCCCUAAUCCAAAAUUCGCCAGCUGAGUUCCGAAAAUGUGUAGACGAGGAAAGCAAUAAAAUAUGGCCUCGAAUCCUGAGAGAAGAUACCGAUAAAGCGCAAAAAAUCGAGGAGCAAAUUAAUCGAAAUAUUGUAUACAAGAUCAUCUGUAAAAAAUGUGAAGCGAUUUUGUGUACAAGCAAGGAUAUUCGAUCAAGAAAUACUCAAUACCUUGUCUGUGAUCCGGGAUUCUGGAGCCUCGUUCGAAAAACUCGCCUGACGGAUGAGCAACAAGCAUUAAUUAAAUAUAAUGCAACUGGAUCGAUUAAUUGUCGCCGCGAAAAUUGUGGUUUAAAGCUUGGUCAGUUGAUUGAAGUGAAUACAGUGGAUCUUCCAUGUCUAUCAGCUCUUUCUAUCGUGUUGCUAGUCGAAGGUACCGAUAAACGGAUCAUCGUCAAGAAAUGGAAAAAUAUUCUUGACAAAUAUUUCACACCGACCGAAAUACGACAAUUGGAUGUUCAAACAAUGAGAGAUGCGGAUCAAGCUCGAACACCAAUGGUAUUUGAGCAUCACGCGAAUGGAGAAGUAGUCAAUUUAAUCAGAGAAGCAUAAGAAGACAUUCUUAUUUAAUUCAGUAUUUGACAAUUUCUACGAGUUUCUUAUUUUCAUGCUUUAUUUUAGUCUCUCCGGUUUCAUAUCAAAUUCCCAGAGAUUAAGUAAUGCAUUCCACAAGUGUACCAUUGUUUAUUACUCAUUUCCGUGUUUUUAAAAAAAUAAAUUUCACAGCUUUUUU